GGUCUGUUGAAAACUAAUACUAAUCUAAAAAGUUUGUUGUUGAGAUAAUACACCUUUUCACAGAACGCUAACAUAUUGGAAAUGGCUACAGACUUUCCAACAUAUAUAUUUGCUGGGUUAGUUCUGUUAGGUGGGGUUACAGGAUACUUAAAAAGGGGUAGCAUACCAUCUUUGGCAGCUGGAGUUAUUUUCAGUCUCAUAUUUGCCUAUGGGGCAACACAGACAUCAAAAGACCCCAAAAAUAUAUGGGUGGUAUUAAUUGCAAGCAUUGUUUUAUUACUUGCCAUGGGUUCCAGAUAUCAUAAAAGUGGAAAAUUUAUGCCUGCUGGCUUUGUUUGUUUGCUCAGUGCUUUAAAUAUCUGCAGACAUCUUUUCAUUUAUAAACAACGUUGAAACGUGAACGAAUCAAAGAAGAAUGACUUUUCGCUGCAAACAACCAAUUAGUCAAAGUGCUUUUACAUUUCAUAUUUACUAGCUUUUUUAAGUAUUCUUUCAAGGAUGUGUUUUUUGGUAUGUUUAUUGUAGUAGUUUUUCUAUAAAGAGAUGGGUAUUUUAUGUAAA